AUGACCAAGAAGCACCAGCAACACCAGCACCACCACCGCAAGGCAAAGCGCCAUCGGCCCCAUGCUCGAGCUGCAGAACCGAGCUUGGACUUCCUUGAAGCCCUAGAGGCACAACGAGCCAAGCAGACAGAUGCAGCUUCGUCAGCAUCUUCAGCCUCACCACGAGCGAUUGCUGACCCAGUGACAGCUCCCAAGGUCAUCCCGGGCUUUUACUUUGACCCCACCAAGAAGAAAUACUUUCCUGGAAACCCGCCUCGACAACCACUUGUAGCACCUCAAGAUACAGCAGCUCUUACCGCGGCGCGGAAGGUUCUCUCAUCUAUUCACCAUCUCAGGCGGCGUGAACUCGGUGGGUGCCUUUAUCAAGGCCACAUGGACCUCCUUCAGCUGCUUCAACGCGCUCCUCGCCUGAGCAAUCAUAUCCUUCCGCUCGUUGCUCCCGUCAUUCAAGCUGUGUUCUCUACCGCGGGGCAACAGGUUACCGUUGUCUGUGAUGACGGACACCUACGCACGCUGCGCCCACAACCGAGCCGCAUGAGCCCCCGCUCUGUCCUUGACGUCGCCGUGGCAUCUCGUAAAGCCUCCUACGCCAAUGUCCGAUGCGUUCGCUAUCAAACGGGCAAAACCUUUGCAGAUGCUUGUAUUUCCGUGACCGCGCUCGGUGGAGCGAACAAGCCAGGGUUCUUAAGUGUUUUGAGCCCGUCGACGCUUUCCCCGAUUUACAAACUCAAAGUCCGCGACGGGUGGCAUCACGUAUGGCAUGCCGAAGGCAAUCAAAUCGCACUGGCCGCGACAUUGGUCGCCAGUCGUUCACGUGUACACGUUGUCGAUAUGGUGCAUGGCUUGACGCUGCACGCGCCCGCUGCAUCCAACAUUCCACCGUCGGAUGUGUUUGCUCAAGCGUAUCAAGCUUCCACUUCCGUUCUCAACGGCACUCGCAGCGGCCACGUCUGGCUCUGGGACUUGCGGUCGGAGAAGGCGGCGUUUGUCCAGUCCAUCGUGGCAAAUCCUGCAUCCGUCUGCGCCUUGGACAUCCUUUCCGACAGUUGGUCCAUCCUGGCAGCCACCACGGCGGGAGCUGUCCAUCGGUGGGACCUGCGGCGUCUCGAGCGCCCUGUCGCGACGUACUGUGCAGAAGACCCAUCCCAUCGCCACGACCGCGUCGUGGAUUUUGCCGUGUCCAAACACGAACAAGUUGUCGCAGUGUCGAGAGAUGCUGCCGUGAAGGUGUGGUCGUUGCGCCAGAGCAGCCCUGUGGCGACUGUGGCACUGGCAGGCCCGGUCGUCUCGAUGCACUGGUCGGAUCCUCACGAAGACAGACGUACGUGGACGACGAACGGCGGCGGACUCCAGCUGCAUGUGUGCACACCGCGCGCAGUGCACACGAUCGAGUAUGGUACAGAAUGUUAAGUUAAAAAGAGCAGUAGACUCGACGCGAGGACAAACGCGGCGACGCCAACGA